AUGUUCUGUUCCAUGACUAUCGAUGAUGUCUAUAAGCCUAAAGUAGAGAUAUAUUAUAUUUGGGGAAAAAGUGGUGUUGGAAAAAGUAAAAAAGUCUUUGAAUUAAUUAAGGCUAGUGGAGAACAAAUGUUCGACGUUAUCCAUUAUGAUAACGGCUUCUUCAGUGGUAUACCGUCUUAUGGCUGCUCUACCGUUGGGUGGUAUGAUGAUUUCAGAGACAGCGACAUGAAGCCUUCCGUAUUCAUCCGGUUUAUAGAUUAUUACAUAAUUCCACUUAACAUUAAAGGCUGGCAUGUGAUGAAUAGAUACGAAAAGAUUUAUAUUACUAGUGUACAACCCCAUAGAAGUAUUUAUGCUGAUUUAAAGUCUGAUGAUCCACAUAAACACUGGAUAAGAAGGAUGGAAGUAAUCCAUCUAGAAGAUGAAGAAUCUGCUAACUCAGUUACUGAAAUAGUUUCUACUUGGCAAAGUGUCAUUUUAGAUUAG